AUGACCCAUUUUUUUGCCUCCACAGACAGCGAGUGCGUAAACUUCACAACUCUGAGCGGCAUGAGUAGAUCAAGAUUUUUCUCCAACAACCUAACUACAGACAGCGACCUUUAUCUAAAAAGCUGGUUUGCAUUUAACGGAUCAGCCGGAGACCUCAUUGCAACCUCAUGUGUUGCAUCCAAUCAUUGUGGUACCUCAGUACCAGGGUGGAUGCUGGGAAGACAUCCAAGUGUCGUCGAGGGUGUGGUCAGACGGUCUGCUUGCUUUUCUCAAAAGCAGCAAUGCUGCAUGUAUUCUUUGAGCAUGCGUGUAAGAAACUGCAGCUCUUUCUAUGUGUACAAGCUGGAUUCAAUGCCUUCACUCUCCGUCAGUUUUCGCUUGUGUGGAGCUGGGAUCGAAGGUACUGCAAAUACUGUUUGGACUAAUGUACAUCUUCUUUUUAGAUUAAAGAGUUUUUAACAUCCUUCGAAAAUCUAAGUUAUUUGUCACCAUGAACACGCGAAAACAUGUGCUAAAUAACUUUAAUAACUGGCGUAGUUUGGCGAUUCAAAACUUUCAGAAACAAUAGCAACGUAAUCGACUUACUUCAAGCUUUAAACCGAUCGAUCGAAAAAUUAAACUCAGUUUGCGUAAGAAUUUGAUGAGCAAAAGAAUUCAAGGCUAUAAAUUAAAAGAAUCAAGUUUCGGUAGAGUUUUUCAUCUUGGCAAGAAUAUAGGGGCAAAGAUUGGAGUUUUGAAGCAAAGAUAUAGGAAAAAUUUUAACUACUUCCUAGCCUGAUAAGAUAAACUGGCUUUCAAGACUGUUUACUAAUUUUCAGCAUAAUUUUGUUUGCUUGUAGGAGUUUUAUCCAGUGUUGAAAAGGCCAUCAACAAAUCUUUAGGUACUGAAAAGGUCGACUCACAGUGAAUGUUUUCUUUCUAUAAUAAUUCUCUUCAACAAAAUCUGUUUUCCUCGUGUAAUCAUAUAGACUGCUUUGGAUUACGACAUCCAGAUUCAGAUUCUUUAACUCCAGGACAGACGGAUUUGGCAGUGGAUUUUAUUCAAUCAUUUUAAACACGAAAUCCUUGACAUUCGAAAUCUGGAUUUUAAAGGUCCAAUCUAUAUUUUUUAGCCGAAAGCACGCCAUGAUGGUUAGCUUAAGCUAUCGUACAAUAAUCAAGUAAAAAUGCUUUAACUACGUUUUACUUUCAGGAAAUAGCAGUGAUGAAUGUUCUAGCUACCAGUCCCUAGAAGGACGCGAUAGAGCCGCGAACUACUUCAGUUACAACACAAUGAAGUGUGACGCUAAUCUACCACGAACAUGGUACAGAUUUACCGGUGCAGCAGGGGCUGUCAUGCCAACGCACUGUGUUCCUAAACUGCACUGCGGCACACUCUCUCCUGGUUGGCUAAACGGCAAACAUCCUACUGUGGAAGAAGGGGUAGUGGAACGUAUGGUUUGCUUUACGAACAAUGAUGACUGCUGCUUCUGGUACAGCGAAGUUAGAGUCAGGAAUUGUAGUGAUUUCAUCGUGUACAACUUUGGUGAAUUUCCUGCAUCUCAGCCGUUUUGCAGUUUGCGAUACUGUGGAGUUGGAAAAACAGGUAAACAGAGCGUAAAAGCAAACUUUACGUGAUUAUUUGACCAAUCCCAUGCAACAGACGUCAGAAUUUAGUCCAAUGAGCAUUAAAAUCUGAUAAGAAAGUAUUUGAGUUUGUGGUUUCAAUUUUAACAUUCUUGAAUUCUUGGGAAGCCACCAUUUCUUGUCUAAUGCUCAUAAUUCAUUUUGGUCGUUCGAAGCUCCGGUGGUUACACACAUACAUUUAAGUGAUUUCACAGGUGUUCCCGACACAGUUUGAAAACGCUUGCCUUUUUUUCGUGCCCUUUCAUCCUCCUAACAAUAAGACACUGAUGUCAUCAAAUUUGGAUUCUUGCAAUCUUCUCUUGAAAAAUUGAUCGAGAAGCUUGUUAAAGGUUGCCCUCCCGAUGUGCACGCAAAACUGGCUAACUCAUAAUGUUUGUUUUCAGGUUGUAAAGACAAACAUGGUAAUGUUUACGAAGUUCAUGAGAAGUGGAGCCCAAACCCUCUCAUUAACUGCAAAUGUUUGCCUGGCUUUAAAGUCGAGUGUAAAAAAACUCAAAGUGGUUGCUGGGAUAGCCUUGGCAAUGCCUUUGCGAACGGGCAAGAAUGGCUUAGCAGCAGCCUCACUAAAUGCGCCUGUACUGACGAACAAAUUCACUGCACCAAUCUUUCUCGACCGGCUUGCACUGAUGAAAAUGGUCUUGUCAGGGAGCAUGGCACUAAUUGGUUCCCAGGACCUUGCUUUAACUGCUCGUGCACGGAUGGUGUCAUCAGCUGCGUAAAGUAUGAUGUCACUGUUGAAUAUGGCUCGUUCCGGAUGACAACAGCUGGAAGUUGUUUGCCAUGUCUUCGGCCUAAUGUUGAUAUUAGGCCCUCUGGACCGGGAACUGUUAGCAAUUGCAAAGGUUUGUUUCAUUGGCAAUGAAUAGAAUUAAAUGUGCAUUUAGAUUUACUUCUUCUAUCGUUGCUCUUUAACUUCCAUUAUGUGACAUACAUACAGAAAUACAAAGUUUCUCAAAAAACGUAACAUUAACUCUUGUGUAUGUUGAUGGUCCAGCCGUUUACACGAUAAACGACGGAUGCAAGUAGAACGAAAGCUAUGGCUGAAAAAUUUCCAAACUACUCCAGGAUAAAAAAAAAGAGAAAAAGAGAAAGUCAGUAAACUACACUAAACAUUAAACUUUACCAUCUAACUUGUCUUUUGUCUCUAGUCUUUUUUCAGCUUAAGAAUUCAAAUGAAUUAUUUCACUGCUCAAACGACGCCUUUAUAAGGAAAGAACAUGUUUGUAAUGGAAACGCCGAGUGUUUAGAUGGGUCUGAUGAGGCAAAUUGCCAUGAUGGUGAGUAUUUCGGUACCUGGAAUUCUAACAGUCCCGAAAAUAUUAGGAAGCGCAGGUUGCAUCUGGACAGGAGCCAAUUGCCCUGACCUGCUGGAUAAAAGAUGGAAUAUAAUGGCCUCUGUGCGUGUUUUUAGGGCACCACCAAGCCUCCUUUGGGAACAAAAUUCUUUGGAUUCGCACUCUUUGUACAUGAGUAUUCUUUUAAAAAUAACUAUCGUGCGAAUUUAAUUCGUUUAUGUAAAACUUUGCGAAUGAAAAUUGUUGAAACAAAGCUUGGUGGUGAAAUUUGCAUGAGUACUAUUUGCCAGACAGUUAAGCAUUAUACCAAAUUUUUGGUUAUGUUUGUUUCUUAUAAAUCUUUCCAUUUUCUCAGUUAUCUGUGGAGAUGAGCAAGGGCAGGUUUUGAUUCUCAAAGAAGUUUGGAAGGUAAAAUUCUUUUUUAAGGAUUAAUAAAUUAUAGUUGCCAUGUGGUUAAACAAAAAAAUAUGGUUCAAAAUUGUUUCUCUUUGACUGCCCUGGACUGGAUGAUGAUUUGGUCUGUGAAAUUUCAUGUUGUCCCAAAUGUUUGGUGCAACUAUUUAUCAGUGUAGACUAUGUACAAAAAAGUCCGUAGUUUUGCUUAGUCAAGGACGCGCGACUGUUUACUUCGGCGGAGCGCGAAGUAAAGGAUUCGCGACGCUCAGGAAUGUAUGAAAGUUACAAUUUUUUGACAAGAUUGGGCACGCAAAGUCCGUAGGUUUUCGGUUUUAUUCGGCUAUUUGACGAAGUGAGAGCCGAAUUAGUUCGAGAUAUCUCGAGAUCACUUCGAUUUUUUUGAUUUAUUCUUUAACUUUUUCGAGGAAGAAAGGAUUAUUAUUUUGGCUUCCCCGGGGUUUGAACCGACUCGCCUGUGUGACCGGUCUGAUCAGAGGAGACUCUAAGUUGAGGGAUUAGCCGAUUGCGCUACUGCGACCCAAGGUAGUUCGGGAUAUGAAAAAUAGUUAUGAAAUCCUGCACUAGUUUCGGGACAAGAUUGGGCGUGCAAGUUCGGCUUGUUUCGGCUAUUUCACGAGAUGAAACCGGACUACUUUGUGAUAUCUUGAGAUCACUUCCAGUUAAGUCUUUAAUUUACUCGAGGAAUAAAUAGAGGAUAUUACGUGGCCGCGCAGAGACACGAAAUUUCUCUUCGAGUGUUGAAAAACAUUUCACGAGUGAGGCCUCCAUUCGAACUGCUUUAUGAUGAAUUUAAAGUUACAAAAUGUUGCACAAAGACAUUUUGGGCGCUUUCCAUUUAGGAAAAAACCCGGAAAUUUCGCUGGGAGCAAAAGUGGAAUUUCCGAUGGGUAAAAAGUUGUUCCAUUUCGUCUUAAACCCCGGUACGUCGCGGUGCCCGACCGUGGACCUGGAACUGGUACAAACUACGAGAAACGUAAAUGGAACACGACAUUCCGUUCGGAAAUUCCAACCGGGAAAACGGACCCACCUUUUUAGAUUUUCCACUUUUUCUGGGAAUUUUCCAGUGGGACGAGCCGACGAAACGUGUUCCAUUUACCGCCGAACCAGAAAUUCGGGAAAUUUUGACUAAAUGGAAAGCGCCCUUUUGUCUUUGUUGAGUGUUACGUAGUAAAAUUGCUUUCAUGCGUUGCGUGACUUUCUCGAGUUCUCUACUUUUUUGGAUUAUUCAUGAAUAAUUAAUUAGGGCAUGUUUACAUUUCAGCAUAAGUCAGCAGAUUUGCAUCAGUUACUGACAUCAUAAAAUAUGUCGAAAAGCUACUACUAUUCGCCCGUUUAGUAUUUUCUAGAACCUUCUGUCAAACGGUAUACAAGUUCCAAGCGAGGUCUUUUGACGAACUAAGUUUUUUCCCACGAGCUGGACUGCUGUGCUUAGUCAAGUGUAACGAAGGUCGAUUUUCAAGUUCUGUGUUUAGAAGUUGGCGGAAGCCGUAAGAUAUCUGAAGUUCAAGUGAGAGUUUGUUAUUGUUGGUGGAGGCUGUUUAGUUGUACUUAAGUUCAAGUCAAGUUUGUGUUGGGGGAUGCAGUGUUUUAAAGCUCUGAAAAAGCUAUGUUCCUUUGGUAUUAGACUUCCUUUUGUUAAUCCGUCAUUCCUGCGUGCUGAUAGUCAGUGAAUAAUUAUCCUCAAAACAUUCGAACUCCUAACAGCCAAUUCCAAGCUCAACGUAAUUGACUCCUUACCCAUGCCUUACAUAUCUUUAAUCAGUACAUGAGACUGCUAUGCUGUUUUUGAAGCCUGAUGUGACUAAGUUUUUUUUUGUUUUGCUAGACUUUUUAUUCACCGCCAGUAACCUCAUAUUUGACUUAGGUCUAAACGUUUAGACCCAAUUCAAAUUUAGAAGGAUUUGUAUGGAGUCAUCAGAGCAUAACUGGGCUAAUAUCUCAGAGACAAUUUGUUGCUAGUUUUUGGCAAGUAGGCCUCUUGGAUGUUGCUCUUUUCAGAAUAUCCUGACAAAUCCCAUAAUUUCAAAAACUAACACCUUACUCUUACCAUAUUUCAUUUCUUACUGUUCCUUCGCAUUUACUAUUAAUCAGUUGCACAACCACGACGCCGAAGUGUACGCUCGGUAGCGUCUUGUUUCCAGUCUAUAAUCAUUGCAAAAAUUGAAAUGUUGUUAUACUUACAGUCGGACCUGACUUAAGAGAUAAAUUUAAUGAAUAAUUUACUCCGCUUUAGGUUACUGAAUGCAUUGAGUGUAGAUGUGAAGCUGGGUUACUGAAGUGUAAAAGACUACUAAAGGUGGUUUUCCCAGGCAUGUAUGGGUAUGCACCGCUGACUGAAAAAUGUGAACAGCCUUCUUGUAACACAGUGGACUUUAUUAGAGAAAGAAAACAUACGUGCGAAGGUACAGUUCGUCUGACGUCUUUAAUUUAGCACUGAUUCGUUCGAUCGUUCACUUUUCGUAAUUAUUUUUUCCUCGAUUCCUUCACUCAUUUAUUUAUUCAUCCUGAUCCAUCCAUCAAUCCAUCGGUCCGUCUGUCCAUCUGUCCUUCCUUAAAUUCUGUUCAUUCGUUUGUCCGUUCCUUCGUACGUUCGUUUGCUCAUUCACCCAUCUAUCUCCGAAAACGUGGCGGUAUUAUUAUAGUCCAGAAUAAAUCAAUGCAGUUAUUAAAAUUGCGUUUUUCUAUCAAACUGAGUUGUUAAAACAAUUUGUGGACGUUAACUUAUUACACUCUUUUUUUAUUAUUAUUAUUUUAGAAUGUUGUUUUUUCGGGCCAGACUGAAUAUUCUUAUUUUUCUGCCGAUUGCAGCCUGAAAAUAUUCUUGUAUUCUAUUCUUGAAUUAUAAUUGAAAAAGAAAGAAUUUAUCAUAUACUUUUUGCGGUUUGUUCAUUUUUUUUCGCUGUAUACUACAGAUAUGUAUUUCAUUUACCGUUCAUCGAACUGUCAUUAGCACUGAACAUUUAGCUAUUAAACUAAUGCAGGUUUCUUCGUUUUAUUGGGUAAUGAGUGGAAGCAGUAAUUUGAUACGGUAAAAUUAAAAACGUAUUUUGCAUAUUUCUCAAAAUAAUCAUCGUUUCCGAAAUCUCAGCCUCGACUUUAUUCUUAACAUAUUCUUAAAAUUUGCAAAUUUCAGUCUCGAUAUUUUUAUAAAAUGUAUUCUUAUAGGAAAAAAAAGAGUGUAACUAACUUAAUGCGGUCAUUAGAUGCAUCGAAGAACCCCCCUUUUUAAAGAAAAAAAAAACACUAAAAGAAUUAGCUUUAUUUAACUUUCACACGCCAAAUCAGUUAAAUUCACGCAGGUCUUUUUUUUUUUAUAGAAUUCGUGUUUAAGCUAUUCCUUGUUUAUUUGAGCGUAAUUACUAAGCAACAUUAGUAAUGAUCAUGAAUGCAUGAUUUCGUCAGGAAUUGAAACCACCGAGGGAGGGCGUAUUAUUCUUAGAGAUAAAACCUGGGAAUACCAAGACUGCAAGUUUACAUUCAGGGAACUGCGGAGCGACAGACGGAGAUGUCCAGAAAUGCUGGGGCCAACGUGUGAUAUGUACGAUGGAGCCAUAUGCUGUGCUCAGAAAUGUCCAGGUAACGCGCGCCAUUCCUACUUUCAUGAUACUAUACUGCUAUACACUUUAGAUGUUUCAAUUUGUUUUGACCAAACUUUCCUUGCCAAGGCUCAAUUCUGAAAAAAUGAUAAAUGCAAAAAAAAAAACCAGGAAAUAAAUAAAAUAAAAAUAGCACUUGCAUGCAGACCUUUUCUAAUAAGGCUUGGUUCAAGCCACAAGUAAUUCAAUCUUGAAUUUUUUAUUCUCUUGUAGCGCUUGCUGAACUUACCAGUCAGAUGAGAGGGAUGCCACAGUUGUGUCCCGGAGGCCUUCAAGCCGUGGUAUCUGGCAGUACAUGUGUUACUCCCGAACCAAACUGUCUUCUGGGUCACGAUUUCUGCAAAACAAGUAUGUUGAUUGUUUAGACACACAGCAUCGGUAGGUAAUGGUGACGUUUCUAUUGUUCGCGCCCGCAAGUACGAGAUGGUUAGGAUGACGUAAAGACAGAAAAUCCCGAAGGGACCGCUUGCGAUAGGUAGAUUUUGUGACAUUUAUUUUACAGUCAUACUUCGAUACCCUUUUGCGUUAUGUGUUAUCAGUGACAUUCUGUGGAGCAGUUGUUUUGAAAGUUACGGACAAAAAGACACUCGUUAUGCGCAGAUGAAGUUAUAAGGUGCGUAUAACUGUGUUUAGUAUAUACACACUCAGUGAUCUUGGUGAUUUAAGCAAUCUGAUUGGUUCGCUAUCUCGGACUAUUCAACAAUAUUCACCUCCUAGCGAGUGGAUAAUGUGUGAGCUCGGUGUUUUUCCCGUUUUUUUUAGAGAACGAUCUUUUAAAAGUCGACAAAAUCCUAGGGCUGACUUUUUUUAAGGCAAGAAAAGACUUGGAAGGAUUCAAUACGGCGUUUUUCAAUUUACUGUAGCAGGAGUUUUGUGCUCGAUGGAUUGUUUACAACUCCCGUGUAUUCGCGUAGAAGAAGCCGUUUCGUGAACUCAGCGUUUUCUAAGAAGAAAAUUUUGGCUCAAAAAUCGAAGUUUAUUUAUGACAAACAAAUUUAAAAGGAAAUGUUUGCAGAAAUUCUACAUUUCAAGUAAACAGGAAAAAGAAUGAUACAGGAAGACGACCUCUUACCUCGAGCAACCGAGCCGCCAUUUUUGUCAGCACUUCAUGCGAAGAACGACACAACAUGCCCUUUUGGCUAUAAACUUGGCGAGUCAACAGAAAACAACACAGCUCUACUUUUUUUCUCAGGUAAGGAAACAGUUCAAACUUUUAGCGAUUCCAUUGAAGCCAUUACGCUGUUGUUUGCGAAAUGAGUAAACUUGUGAAUUGCCAUGUUUGAAAAUUCUGCAAAGAUCUAUUUUAAAACUUACGCGUGUUUGAUCUGUCAAUCAAAUCCUACUUUUGAAUGGUUUCCUUUCUGAUUUUGUUGAGAUCACUUCGUGUGUAUAUACUAAAACCAUUAUUCUUCUCAAUCUCGGUGAAUAGUGGCUUUGGGAAUAUUUACCUCGCCGCUUUCGCGGCUCGGUAAAUAUUUUGCCACUAUUCACCUCGAUUUCAAAGAAUAAUUGUUAAAUAUAUACUAUAAACACUUGGAGAGUUUGCCAGACACGAGUUCACAAAUCUCUGAUUGGAAACCUUGCCAGACACUCUUUCUCCCUCUUUGACCGGAAUAAGACUCAGCCCCAAACAAGCAAGACGAGUGGAUCAACGGCUAGCUUAUCACCAGCAGAACGAUGGACGAUUACAGAAAUUCGCCGACAAUCAAAUUCUGUGCUGACUUAUUCCCUGCUCACAGAUGUCCUGCCGCUAUGAAGUUUAAAAUAAGACUAGAAUGCGCGAACGUGAAUCGAUCAAACGUCCUUUAAUUUCUAAAGCUUACUUUCCAGCAAAUAAAAUGAACUGAAUGUAAAAAGUGAAAGAAAAAAAAAAUAGCCAAAAAUUCAACCUCUAAUUUCUAUUUCUUAUGGUUUAGAAUAAACUAUUCUCGAAAAUGAGAAUGUCUUGAUCAAAGCUGUGUAAAUCGAGCUGAAAUUGUGCAUGGAACCUUGCGUUUCCUGUAUUUAUCUCACCUAUUGUAUUGAAUAUGUGUGAAAAUCUUCAUUAUGAAUCGGUAUAUUUCAAGAGCUACACAACGAGCAAGAAUAUUAUUGAUCAAUUGACCGACAAUAUACAGACUGGGGGCAGCUGUAGUGUCAACUAUUACUAGUUAUUUUAUAGUAAAUGUACGGGAUUUGCCGUUUGCUGCUAUAUGUAGUCGCUGCAUUGUGGGACCCGUUACCUUAUAGCAGUCCUAGCACGCCCGACUGCUCAGGUGCCCCGUUGGGCGGGGAACGUUUCCGGGGGGCCAGGUUCGAUCCCUGGGCGAUUUUGGCGUACUGGUGUACCCUCCUUCAGGCGUUGCUCAACAGAGCCCUUGCACUCUGGCUCUGUUAAGUAUCGGUGAUGUCGCUCGGCCAUUGUACUUGACCAUUGCACUACCGGGUCCUGGCCGUGGGCGCCUGAAAAAAAAAAACUUAGCGAUAUAUCGCUAUAGGUGAAGCAAACGGUGAAUCCCGUACAUUUACUAUAAAAUAACAAUCGGUUACACACACAUUGUGCGGGCCUGCAAAAAAAUAAACCACGGGAACAAAUUACUCGAUAUGUAUGGAACAGACCAGCUUCAUAACCUCUAAAUGUGAGGCUCAAAGCGGCCAAACAAAAUUUUGCUCAGUCAAAGUGUACAAUACUCCAUGCACUGCAUAAACUACGCAAAAAGAGAGUAAGAAAAACCUCUGUUGUUCAAGCGGACUCUAAGGUCUCGUUUCACACUAUCACGGGCUCAGCCUCUCUUGUCACGAGCUAUUAGUCAUGUUUGGCCUGUCAACACUUAAUUCAAAUCGGGCUAAUCAGAAACAGCGUAAGAAACUAUCCAAUCAAAAACGCCGACAUAUGUCCUUGCGAUUCCGCGGGAUUCGAACACGAUACUGUGCACUAAUUCGCGGACGCACUAUACAGAAGGCUUAGAGCAUCUGCGACGCAGGCAAGGGAUUGGCAUAGGUCUAUCUUUGGUGGCCUAACUCAUUUAAGUGUGUGGAUGAUGCUUAACACCCGAUUUUGAAGCUAACAAUCAGAGGAGCUUGAGUCGUUAUUUCUAAGCUAAACGUCAUUUGCAAAAUAUUGGUUAGACUGGGAGCAUUGCUUCGAUCGGACAUUGAUGGAUUGAUAAGACGAAGCUUUAGCGAGAGGGGAAGUCUAUAGAUGGCUAAGAAUCUACUUUUUCGGGGCCUCGCUUCACGCAAACAUUUUAUCGACUUUGUUUGGUUCUUUUGCCUUUUAGAUAUCUCGUGUCAAGAUGAGAACGCCAACACGUACUUUGAAGGAGCUCAAUGGUUUGUUCCCGACUGUAUCACAUGCAGGUGCAACAAUGGACUCAUAUCAUGUGAACAACGCGUCACCUUCUUGACAUCUAGUGAUGGACUCGUCGAAAACUGUACUCAACCGAAAUGUAAUGUGGUGGCAUUUGUAAAGACAAACAGAGGAAUUUGCAAAGGCAAGUACAUUGCUAAGCCUCUUUUGAACUCAGAGAAUUUUGGUUAAAGAACGAUUGAGAUUCAUCUGUGAAGUUCUCUAGAAAGACUGACUUAGUGAAGGGUUAAUUUUUCAAUCUUAGUACCGCAGUGAUCAGAAUAGUUCAGUCUAGACCUCUUUAUUAAAGGAAAACAAAAAGUAUACGUCAAUAAAUUAAAAAAUGCUGGUUUCUUUUAUUGUCAAAGACGUUUGUACAUCCGCAUAGCUUUUUUGUACCUCGUGAUUGAUUAUUGCAAAAAUGUUUUUAUUUCAAUCAUUUAACAUCAAAGCUAAAAAUGUGAAAUCACUUUGACGGUUACUGACGCUGUUAAUCGAGGCUAACUGUAGAAAACCACUAGUCGCAUUUCCUUGAGUAACCCUUUCAAAGCAAGUUUUCCUUGAACGGUUAAUGGCCGUGUUGAUUCUCUUCCCAUACGAGUUGGCAAUGAUUGGUUCUAACUCCGACAAGGCCUGAGUUAUGACGCUUACAGUACUACAUGAGAAAUUUCUUCAAUUUCAUUGGCUUAGAGCAGUUGUAUUUCAGCUUAAUUUUGAAAUACCUACAUGUGAAAAUUGCAAACCUUUAAUGGGGAGUAGUAUAAACAAAUAAUAGCAUGAUUUGUACGUGAUAUUUGACAUACAUACCACUCGUGAUAUUUCAAAAUUGUCUCAAAUUUCACUCGCCUAACGGCUCGUGAAAUUACGUACAACAAUUUCGAAAUACCACUCAUGGUAUUUAUGCCAAAUAUCACUACAAAUCAAGCUAUUACCUAUACUAAUAGCGUGAUUGUUAGGAUUAACCCUCGGACGUACAAGGGGGGAGGGGUGGAUGCCACCCCCUCCCCCCAUAAGGUUUUUCUCAGUUUUGUCCUAGAGGAUAAAACAUUAGCACCUGACGUUUUCAGUAGCUGUUCGUUCAUCCCUCGCGCAGAUUUUGAGACGAGUUUAAUGAUGAUCAGUUGCUAUGGUUACGAUAUAUGUCUGACAUCAUAAGUAGCUGGUGGUCAAGCCAAUUUUGGGUGAAAUUACAUGUUUUUCAACUUCUUUCAACAAUAAAAGUAAAUCUUGUGGCUAUACGAUGGCCCAGGAGGGUCACAGUCCAGUAUUGGUUUUUGACAGUCCAGUUAUGGUUUUACAUAGUCCAGUUAGCUUUUACACAGUCUAGUUCUAGUUUUUACACAGUCCAGUUUUAUUUUUUUACACAGUCCAGUUUUAUUUUUACACAGUCCAGUUUUAAUUUUUACAGUCCAGUUUUAUUUUUUUACACAGUCCAGUUUUAUUUUUACACAGUCCAGUUUUAAUUUUUACACAGUCCAGUUUUAUUUUUUUACACAGUCUAGUUUUAUUUUUACACAGUCCAGUUUUAAUUUUUACACAGUCCAGUUUUAUUUUUUUACACAGUCCAGUUUUAUUUUUACACAGUCCAGUUUUAAUUUUUACACAGUCCAGUUUUAUUUUUUUACACAGUCUAGUUUUAUUUUUACACAGUCCAGUUUUAUUUUUUGUGUGGUUACCAGACCUCUCUCGCGCUACUGCAACACUUGUUAUCUUAAGGCAGCCAUUUUGUAUUUCCUUGCGACGAUGGAUUCAAUCAUCAGGCAGGUUGUUCGAGAGGAACUGAGACGUUCAAGUUCUAGUCGUCCAGAAACUGCGUCUUCUACUAAUCAAGAUGAUCAGGGAAGAAGUGAAAACGAAUCAGAUGCGGCUGGAUCAUCACGAACAGUGGGCCGAUGUUUCUAAAACGAAGACCCAAAAACGAAGACCUAAGACCUAAGACCCCUUGGACUAAAACGAAGACCCCUGUGGAUUAAACUCUAAACACUUUGGAUGUGUUUUCGUAGUCUGGUGGUAACGUCCUUGGGUACAUCGGAAGGUGUCUCGGGAUCGAAUCUUGCUUUUCCUUUCCUUUUUUUUUUCUUUCAUUUUUAUUUUGUUAUCAUUAUAACGACUGCUUGAGCCGUAAAAGAUGAGUCAGUUUUUACAAUAGAGGUCAGAAUAAAGUAACAGGGAUAUCAAUAUAACCCGGUACCUUGCUUGCAUGAAACUCGAAAUGUACACCUUUAGUCGAGUGAUGUUCUGGAUCGACAGCUUUUCUCUAUUGAUGAGGUAAAAAGUAAUAAAAAGAGCGCGAGGUUCCCCUCUCCUUGAAUUCAUCGUUGCUAAAUGUCUCGUUGUUAUUUCCUCCCUACGCCAGUUAUUUUGUUUUGUAAAUGUAUUGAUCGAUACAAUUGUUCGACAUUUUAGAACGCUAGAGCACGCGGUUAUAUUUUCUUAGCCGUCGAUCGAAGAAAAGGUGGGCGAUAGACUUCAUUAUUGCAAUUAAAUAGCGCAGAGGAAAUUCCACAACACUCCUAAAUCGCCGUAAGAGUUUAAUCCACAGGGGUCUUCGUUUUAGUCCGGAGGCUCUUCGUUGUUAUUCCACGGGGUGUUAGGUCUUAGCCCGGGAGGGGGGGAGGGGGUACUCGAUAUAUCUUUGGGUGUGGAGGUGCGGCCCGGCCCCUUAUACCCUGACCCUGUGUAAGACAAAAAUCGCUGAUUUUCCCACCCUGUUUAAGACAGAAUUCCGAUUUUCAUACCCUGUUUAAGACAUUCGUAGAACAUACGCGCAGGCUGUUUAUUGUCCAAGAAAAGAUACCCUGUUUGAGACAAAAAUUGAUAAAAUCGAUACCCUGAUUACGACAAAAAAUGAUAAAAUCGAUACCCUGUUUGAGACAAAAAUCCCGAAAAACAUACCCUGGCUGGCCGCACGUCCCCAUUAAGCCCUUAUAAGGGAUUACCCUUGGGUCUUGGGUCUUCGUUUUAGAAACACCCCAAACAGCCCACUGUUCGUGAUGAAAACGAACUUCGUGAUGAUCUAGCCGCAUCUGAUUCGUUUUCACUUCUUCCUUGAUCAUCUUGAUUAGUAGAAGACGCAGUUUCUGGACUACUAGAACUUGAACGUCUCAGUUCCUCUCGAACAGCCUGCCUGAUGAUUGAAUCCAUCGUCGCAAGGAAAUACAAAAUGGCUGCCUUAAGAUAACAAGUGUUGCAGUAGCGCGAGAGAGGUCUGGUAACCACACAAAAAAUAAAACUGGACUGUGUAAAAACUAAAACUGGACUGUGUAAAAAUAAAACUGGACUGUGUAAAAAAAUAAAACUGGACUGUGUAAAAAUUGAAACUGGACUGUGUAAAAAUUAAAACUGGACUGUGUAAAAACUAAAACUAGACUGUGUAAAACCAUAACUGGACUGUCAAAAACCAAUACUGGACUGUGACCCUCCUGGGCCAUCGUAUGGCUAAAAUCAUGCAGUGUUUAUAUAUUUGUUAUUUUUCAUGUAAAGCACAAAAAAUUACCAUUUCUCGCGGUUUUAACCUGAUUUCCAAUUCUUGGUAAAAUCCAAGAUGGUGGCCAAGAUGGCGACCAUUGUUAGUGACGUCACAGGCCUCCCACAGCGCCACCACCCAUAAAAUAUACCUCAUCUUGUUAAGAAGAUCAAAGGCUUUCCACUAAAGGUAAAAUCGUUUCAAAAUACUGCAACAUAUCGAAAACUCCGGGGAGGGGUUCCAUCCACCCUCCCCCCCACCUCCCUUGUACCAUGGUAAGGGUAUGAAUUUGCUUAUACGUCGGAGGGUUAAAGAUGUGACCACCUAAAUUUGUCUCUUUUGUAUUAGACUUCAUCUCUCUUUACGUCUUAUCUUUGAAGCUUGCAGAUGGAAGAAUCAGGUAUUAUUUGAUGGUCAUCGCUGGAGUGUUAAUGACGUCGACUUCUUCUGUUUCUCGGGAGAAAGAGUGAGGCCUGGGUGCUACUUAGAAGCCGAUAAGAUCAACUGCACUGGCGCUUUCAAAGGUUUGUACCUUGUUUACGUGCUCUUACCGGCAAACCGUUGCAUUAAACUACGAUGAGAUUUUUAUAAGCAAAACAGAGCCUGAGAGCCCGUCACUGAACAUCAAAAUCGCACGUUAAAAUUAAGACCAAGAUGUAUUUUCGAUGGCCCUGCUUCCUCUUGCGCCCCUCGCGCUUCCCUCAUGCCUAAAAUCCCUUUUUCGGCCUUCCCUUUCGAACGCCUGCCAAGCACUACCGACAUCAUGCACGUCAUGAACGUGGGAGGGAGAAAGUGGAAAUGACCCUUUGAAAAAUAUGUUUUUACCGUUCCAGGAAUACAAGAUGUAUCGCACAUUUCUGAAGAGUUGUUCCUCUGUGAUAGUGGGGAUGAAAUAAGGCCCCUAAAUGAAAGGUGUAAUAAAAUAGACGAAUGUAAUGACAAGUCAGAUGAAAAGGACUGUAUCCAUUGUAAGUAAACCGUGAGAAUAGGCUCGUUAUUUUCUGAUCUCUCGAACUGAAGUAAUCUCGGUAUUCAUGAUAAGUUUAACGGUUGGUCGAAUAUUAGUUGAUAUCCUGCAUUUGAUUUUAAUAUUCUUUAUGUGAUUUUAAAUCUAACCUAGGGAAAUCACCUACAGUAGUUGCUUCGAAUCGAACCUCGAUUAUCUGAAAAAAAUAAUCCUCCUUUCGAUUUGGUAUCCGUCGGUCUAUUUUAGUGACCCGUCAGGUAGUACCAAACUGGAAGUCGUAUAUUCAUCAGUAGCCUCCCACCGCAGAAGUUCUUAGGGCAGGAACGCGUGACGAACCCCUAAGAACGUCUACGGGGGAGGAGGGGGGCUAAUUUAUCAGGAGAUCCUGUGCGAUUCCCCUUUUCUAACAAACGGAAGGAAAAAAUAAAAACCAAUUAUUAUAUUUCAAUAAAUAAACUGGAAACAAGCGCAAUAAAAGCCUGAUGCCUCGCACAGAACCAGCCUUAUGAGUAUGCCCUCCUUCCAAUCGUUUUUCCGGCGUAGUCUUGAUCUUGGAGAUAAAAGCUAUGGAAUUGAUCUGAAAUUCCUUUUCUCUUUCUGCCUGACAGAUUUUUGCCCAUCUCAAACGAAGUUUAACUUAAAAUGGAACAGAACUUCGGUCGGAACCGUUGUUUAUAGAAACUGUUCAAAUGUGGAAUCAAAACUUGAAGGUAAAGAUAUGGUCUCCCUUUUCUUGAACUUGAAUAGUUCCUGAUCUCGCUACGCUAGUGUCAGCAACCGUAGCACUAUUUUUAAUCUCUUCGUCUUUGUUUCCUGGUGAUUAUAUCAAGGUCAAUUUAGUAGCCGCUGUACAGAAAGCAGCAGUCGUACAAGCUGGAAACACAAGGCAAGUUGUGACUGCGAGAGACAAGCAAUUCUCCAGCGAGUCAGAUUGAAGGUAAAACGUCUUCUUCACAAGUCAGCUUAACUCUUAAAAAAGACUUAUUUUGUCAACUGUCAAAGAGAGAUUCCGAACUGCGCCCUUGAGUGACCAGCAUAUUUCAACUGACCCUCUACUUAGUACAACGCCCAAAUUAAACGCAUGCUACAGACGACCUGUAAGAAGCAAUUACUAAUUAUCUACUGAGGCUACUUUAGAAAACAUUUAAUUCAAAAUUUAAAUCAAUUUGAAACGAUAUAACUGACCUGUUUUAAAAUUCACGUACACACACUCAAGGGAGAAGGCCGAGCUGGUGACCCAGGCUAAGAAAGCUACUAACACAAAGGCCACAAUUAUAGAGUCUUUGCCAACUCUGCCUUAGCUUUAGAUAUCUUUACAACUAUGAAAAACCACAACACUUGCAAAGAUUACAAUGUCCUGGAAGCAAUCUGUGACAGUCGAACCUCCAUGUGCGACCACCGCUCGUAAGUGACCAUCUUUCAUUAACGACCGCCAAUCCAAAACACCAAAUUUUCCCAGACAAAGCCUUACAGCCGGAACCUCUAGUAAACGACCACCUCCUCUACGUAAGCGACCGCGACCACUUUUUGGGCCUGACGUUUAAUGAAUUUGACAAGCAAUUUGUUUUAACCUCUUGUAAGCGACCACUUGACGCACUCUCUGAUCUCUAUUUUUGCUGUGUGCACUAUAUAUAUCUAACUUAGAAUAUACGAAGAACUUUAGUGACAACGUAGAACUACACAUAUGCUAACUCAGGGUGCGUGUUUUUGGGAGAAGCCGAAAACGGAUUUGUGAUCUCGGACCAUAUGGAUUCUUCACCACUAACAAAGCGGAAGAUCCCAAAACGGGUCAUUUGCCAUGACAACGCGAGGGAACAGAGGCGCAGGAAGGUGACCUGGGACAUCAGCAGACAUUGCGUAAAUGAACAUGGCGUUAAGCUGGUUUGUUUGGAAGAAUUCUUCGAUGAAAAUCUGCCGCAAGCGCUUUCCCAGCCGCCAUUAACGACGAAGCUCUUUUGCUCUGUAAUGCAGAAAGUUUUGAAGAGGAAAGAACAUGUGCGUAUCAGAUUCUAUUAUGAGAGCACGAUCCCAAACUAAUCGAUCGAUGACUUCAGAAGUCAUUUUCGAAUGUCAAGGCAUACUGUGACAGUUCUCGAGAACUUGCUUUCUAAGCACGAUGACCUACUACGAUUCAGCACCGAAUUUCACUUAUGGUCUGCUUGUUUAUGGCGCUGUAGACUCAGAUCUCACGGUCAUACGAAACUUUCUGGAUAGAAGCUUUAAAAGGAAAUACACAUUUAAGAGAAUGGACAUUCGAUAACUUUUAGAAAAGGCAGAUAAGAAGAUUUUCAAGGUAGGUCCAGUGGAUCGAUUGCCCGCUUAGUAACAUCAUUCCGAAGAAGAAAGAAACAAAGUACCAACUCAGAAACCAAAGUGCUCAUCGCCCGGAUAUAAAGACUGACAGAUUUAAGAAUGUUUUUGUAAAUAGGCUUAUUUUUAAAUAUAAUCUUUGGUCUUUCUAUUAUUUGUAUGUAGUAUGUCUUAUGUAUUUUUAUCUUUCUAUUAUUUGUAUACAGUAUGUCUUAUGUAUUUUUAGACUCCUAACUGCUGAUGUAACUUAAGAUAUAUCUUUUUAUCGUAGGAGGAAUAAAGAUUGAUUAUCAUUAUUAUUAUUAUUAUUAUUAUUAUUAUGUCGCCGUAUAAAACUUUGGAAUGCUGUUUACAUCAUGAGUAGUAUGGGGCGCAUAGCGUAACCUACACCACUUGAGAAGCUACACUUAGAAGUAAAAAAACGUCGGUACGAAACCUAAUACGAUCCUAAGAUACAUAAUGAUACGAAUCUCUCUACUUAAAAAACCAAUUUAGAAUAUUAUUAAAUUCUUAUACUCUGUAAAACCUACGCACAGACAUGAUGAUAUAAUUGUCUCUACUAGAAGCCUAUUUAGAAAAUUAUUCAGUUUUUAUACUCUCAUUAUAUCUAAUAUACCUAAACGAGGUCAUCAUAAUGUGGUUAUCUCUACUAAAAGCUUAUUUCGAAUAAUAUCAAACUCUAAUACUCUAAAAAAUCUAAGUAAAAACAUCAGCAAACUUGUGUUUCUAGAUUUCUAGAAAAAAAAACCUAAAAUCUGGAGUCCUUAGCGCCCUAACUAAGUAUUUAUCUUAAAUGUUCUGGCAAUGUUUAAAGUGUUUGAGAUGACCGACUUCUGCAUCCGCUCAAGUACGCUCCGUGCUCUCGCUCCAAGUAGCUUCCUCACCGACUCCUCUAGGUGUUUAGAGUAACCACCCAGUACGUCAAUUAUUUCGUUGUACUGUUCAACCCUGUAACCAUUGUAUCUCUGCUUCAGCUCCCACAUCAUGGGCCCAUACUUGAGUAUCUUUUCCUCAUCUUUCUGAGCUCUACUCUCAAUUCAUGGGCAGCUCAUUUCAAUUGUGCAGACUUCUUUCCUCUCGUGGCUGACAAGUCGCGCGUCGAUCCGAUUUGCUCUAACUUCGUUGUGCUCUGCAUAAAUGGGAAUAUCCCAAAACGCCUCACUAGUGGCGUUCUGGUAGGCUGGUUUUGGCAUCACCGGUGAGUAUCAUGGUGGAACCUCUUCUAUUAACCCAUGCUCUCGCAGGAGCUCAAAAAGCAGAAUCUUCAAAGCUGCAUUAUGCCUGUAUAGGUACUUGGUUUGUGCCAGGGAGGAACAUCCAUCCAUGCCAAUACAUGUGCAACGCUCUCAGCUACCUUCCCACAUAACCUGCAUAGGACUUCGCCGACGGUGGAGGUUUGCGUCUUCUCUUUUGUGUAGAGCUUCGUUGGUAACAACUGCUCAUACAGUUCAUACAUGCCCGCGAUGGUAUAUGUAGGGCAUGUAGCCCAACCUUUUAACCAUGCAAAGCAGCUGGUUAUGCUUAGGCUCUCAUCUUCCCAUCUAAUACGGAAUAACUUUCCUUGCCACUUUUUGUCUUUAGCGAUCUCCAAGAACUGCUUCUCUUGAGAUUGCUUCAACAGAUUCCCAGCUCUUUCUGCAGUCACCACCUCUCCUUCUGUUGUAACACACACGGGAUGUAGGGUAUCAAGCUGAAGUGUGAUGUUGAGUUCUUCAGCGUACUUAGCAGCUUCCUUUACAAGCGACUGGUGGGCUGAUGCCAUGGCGUGUUCUUCAAAUUCUCUAACUGCUUCCACAGUCUGGUCCGAGUUCUGAUACAAUUUCAGUAGCGAUUUGAUUUUAGUGAUCUUGUACUCGUGUUCGACUGAUCGCAGGCCUCCACCCCCUUUCUCCCUCGGUACAUAUAACAAAGAAGUUAGGCUAGCUGGGGGCUUGCCACCGUUCUCAACUAUGAUCUUCCGAGCUGCUCUGUCCACAUCUCUUAACUCUGAUCGAGGCCAAUGCUGUCUCCACAUUAAGUACCGCAGGACCGGGAUUGCAUACUGAUUAGUUGCCUGUACACGGUUACAAUCCGACAGGGGCCUGGACCAUAUAAUAGAUAUCCUGCGUAGAUACUCUUUAGCCGCACACACUAGGGUCAGCCGUUCAUCCUGUCGAACGUUCUCUAGCACCCCCAGGAAUUUGUAGUGUUUUCCUUCCCCAAGAGCCGUGAUAUUAGUUGUCUCGUCCAUCCUCAUACCAGACUCGUCUAGCACUUGGGCUCCCCUCUUCACGUGUACCACUGAGCACUUUUUCUGAUUCCAGUGGAGGCCAAUGUCCUGCAUCGCUCCUCUAGUCUCGUUCAGCACUCGGUGCAGCUUGCUCUCGGAGGUAGCAAAAACCUUCAGGUCGUCGAUAUACAGGAGAUCGGUGACUUUGACUCCUAUAGGCUUGGAUAACCGGUAUCUCUCUGUUGCCCGCAGGCGCCACGCUACUGGGUUCAGGCACACUGUAAACAAUCUAGGACACAAAGCGUCUCCCUGGGGUAGUCUCUUCAUGAACCUUAUUUUUCUAGAAGUCUCUCGCCCUUGCCUUGUUGUAGCUACUACUCUAGUAUUCCAGUUCGCACACAACUUGCGUAUAACCUCACCCAGCCAGACGGGAAAUCUGUGUACGUCAGUCAUUGCGCAUAGCCAAUCAUGGUCGACGGAGUCAUAGGCUUUGCGCACGUCAAUCCAUGCCAUGCUUAAAUUCCGUUUUCCUCUGUGGCAAUCCAGCAUUACUGCUCUAUCGAUUAGCAAGUUAUCCAUCGUACCGAAACCCCCUGAUUUCGCUCCUCUUUGCUGGCCUUCCAUCAGGCCAUAAUGUUCAAGGUGUGGCCAUAAAAUCCAUGGGUGCCAGGAGGCAAGAUGUACACCACUUGUACAUGUUAUUCAGACAAGUAAUAGGUCUUUGAUUUUCACCCAGGAACUCCCCUUUUUUGGGAAUGAGGAAGGUUUUCCCUUCAGAAAACCACUUGGGGUAAUCUUCGUCGCUCUUAGAAACUUCUUUGAAGCUCUCGACCACACCCUCGUGCAGGGUGCUAGCACGUUUCCACCAAAAGUUGGUGAUUUUAUCAGGCCCUGGCGCACAAAACCCGCUCGCCUCUUCAAUGUUUUCAAACAUUCGCAAAUCAUCUCGACCACGUUUUCCAGGAUCUUUAUAUCUUGGCCGCUCAUUCUCUGGGUCCCUCUUCAACAUCUCACUCAAAUUCGGAAACACUCUUCCAGGGACCGUGUUAAACUGUUGGUUAAUAACACGCGGAACCUCUUGGUUCUUUUUCCUGUCAAGCCCACGUUUUAACUUUCGGAGCUCCUCUUUUUUUUUCUCCAUGUAGCUAAUCAAACCUACCACAGAGAUGGUUUUGCAUUCUUUUUGGAGGUGAGACCUAUUUUUCCUUCCUUUUUUCGUGAUCUUUCUAUUUUCUUUCAACCUUUCGAUUUCCGCUUUCGCGAUUGACAGUUGUUUUCUGAUCAUCCCCGCCUCCUGGUCGUAAAUUCUUGUAAGCUUUUCCUUUCUGUCCUGCGGUUUGUCUGUCAUUAUUGGCCCCUGUUUUUUCCAUCCUUUCAUCAACAAAAACGCGCAAACCACCGAGUAAAGAGCGCAAUUAGCUAACCACAGAAACCCAAACUGGUUCUGCGUUGGUGUUACCUCGUAGCGCUCCAUUAAUAACUUAAUCGCUUGGUUGAUUUCUUCCAAGUCUUUUGUUGAUGGUGUUUCUUUUGUCGUGGUGUCAAUGUCACGUUGGGAAUAGUCUCCAGGGUGGGUGCUAAUUGUUUCCAUUAUCCUGUUUGCUGGCUCUAAAAAGCUACACCUUUCUUGAUCACCGUUGUUAAGCUCUUGUUCUUGUGCUUUUGAAGGAAAAAAAGGUAUUGUUAUUAUUGUUAUUAUUAUUAUUAUUAUUAUUAUUAUUAUUAUUAGCACCCUUCGAGGGAGAGAACCGGUAGAAUUGCGUAAUCAAAUCCUAUUGACUCUUUGGGUUCUUGAAAACCCAGAAUGUCUGCGAUCUGUGGCGGACAGAUUUGAUGUUUGCAAAUCAACAGCGUACCAGGUGUACAAAAGAGUGUGCCGAGCCGUAGUGACGCAUCUAACAGGCGAGUGUAUCAAGUUCCCUACUGGUGCCAGUGCUCAAGAGGUGAUGGGAGCUUUUGAAGGAAAAAAAAGGUAUCCCAGGUGUCUUGAAUGCCAUCGAUAGCACCCACAUACCCAUUAAAGGUCCAAAAACCACAGUGACCAAUAUCUAAACCUGAAGAGUUUUUUCUCGGUGUAGUUACAAGUAAUCUGCGAUCAUGAUUUAUUUAUCACUGAUGCUUUUUAUGGUUACCCAGGAGCUGUACACGAUGCUCGUGUUUUCCGUAACUCCCCAGUUUGCCAUGAUGUUGCAUCAAAUCCAGCAUUUUUUUCCCUGGUAAUACCAACAUCUUGGGAGAUGCAGCAUAUCCCCUCAAAACAUGGCUUUUGACGCCAUUUAGGGACAAUGGCCGUUUGACUCCACAACAAAGAAGAUUUAAUGUGGCUCAUAGUGCAACAAGAAUGGCGGUGGAAAGAUGUAUUGGGCUUUAUAAGGGUCGUUUUCGAAAACUCAAAACCCUUACGGACAUAGACAAGUUAGAGGACAUCCCUGAAAUUGUUAUAUGUGCAUGUGUUCUGCACAAUAUUUUCAUUGCUGAACUUGACAUUGAAGGGUUUUUAGAGGAUGGUGAAGGUGAUGAUGAUGAUGAUGAUGCCAAUGACAUUUUCCCCCCAGGCACUGGAGGAAGUGACAAAAGAAACAUUAUCAUGAGACUACUACAUCAAGACGUGUUCAACAGAAGCAACAAGUUGCAACUUGAGAACAUUAUUUUGUCACUCUUUAAUGUUUGCAAAGCCAACUGUCUGUAGCAGAUUCUUUGAAAGACAAGCAGAGAUAGAGGGAAACUGAUGUCACGGUUAACAAGGAAAACAGAUUGUUUUACUGUUGUUUGUAAACCCAAUCUACUGCGAAAAAUUGAGUUGUUACGAUUGUGGCAUAGAAGCAUUUGGGUUCGAAAUAUUUUUGUGCCAACUAGAGAAAAUUCAGGUAUAAUCUAUUGUGGCAUCAGGAAAAUAAAAUUCCCUGUUUUCCAGUGCCGUUCAAGACGACUCAGUAAUUCCCUGGACUUAACAAUUUGACAAUUUUCCUAGGAAAUUUUAAUUCUUUGUUGGCAGCAGAAGGGUGGAGUGGACAGAACUUUACGAUUUUUAACACAUAGUAGUUUGUUUUAAUACAAACAUUUUGUUCUCCCUUCCAUUGGAUAAAAGAACACUUUUUGCACCUCUGUGGGGAAUAGUCCAAUUAAUCUCUAAAAAUUUGCUCAUUGCACUCAUCUUUUCCUUAUGCAUGUCUUUCAUUUCUUUAAGUCUUUUCUCCUCUCUUUCUUCUGUUGCUUUUGUAUACUCCUUGCAACAGAGUGACUAAUUCACUUGUUUCUUUUUGUCUGGGUGCUAUUUUUUCUUUUUCACUUUUCUUUCUUCAGCUUCUUCUUCAGUUGCAGAACCAGCUCGAUCACUAAUCUUUUGCCAGCUCCAACAGCAUCUUUUGAGAUGUCUGCCUGUCGUUUUUUUGAUAACCCUUUCAGCUGCUACAAACAGCAACAGGUUAAAUGGUAUUAUCAUUACUAAACAGUUCCUUCAAUUCUUCAAAAAGGGAAAAUUUCUUGGGCUUGUUACCAGAAAUUUUAUUAUGAUCAACACACACUGUGUAUGAUCUUUUCAGAUUUUAAAAUUUUGUUUCACAUUCCUUUGCACUAAAGCUAGAACCGCCAUCACUUCUCAUGGCUUCAGCUAUUUGUUCCCACACUUGCUUGUUCUUUUUUUGGGAUCCCUGAAGUCAUCCUUUCUGUUUCUGUACUGUUCAAUCAAAGCUAGCGUGUCCUCUCGGUUCCAACUUUUUUUGGCACCGUUAUCUGAACUGGAUGAUUCGACUAGACUAGGAGUUGCCUGAAGACGGUCAAGGCCUGGCGAAUCACUUCUAACAGAUGAUGCGAACUGUACAAGGCCUGGCGAAUCACUUCUAACCAAUGAUGCAAACUGUGGGGCAUGAUUGUCCCUUGCCUCAGAAUAAGAGGGCAGUUCUCCUGAACUUGAUUGAUAAUUGAAACGUGCAAAAUAUAGUGGGUUGUUACCAUAAUGAUAAAUUGGCGGCGAAUCAUAAAAAUAACCCGAUUCAUCCAUUGAGGGCUGUUGGGUGUUUUCGACUCUUCUAAACAUUUCAGCUGCAACAACACAUAACACAAGUAAUCACCCUGUCAAGUGGAUACACUCUACUACAAAAUUAAUUGGGUCACAUUUUUUAGUUGAAUGUACGCCACAAGGAGAGAAAUAGCUCAAUUAAUUCAGCGAACGAUAAAAACAGCUGAUGAUGCAAAGUUUAAAGACGUGUAUCCUUUGAGCUCACACGAAACGAUAGCCUCCCACGCAGACGUUCUUAUUAUCUUUGAUAAAGUAAAUGUGCCUGGACUUCUUCUCGGAAGAGCCCCCCGGGUGGUUCGAUUCUUGUAAACGACCACCUCCCGUAAGCGACCACUUAGUCUUUGCAUUUUGGGUGGUCGCUCACGGGAGGUUCGACUGUAUUUUUUUUGGUAUUUUUUGUAUUUUUUAGUUAUCUUCAGCCAAUUUAACGAACUUGGUGGAACUGACCGGAGACCUGAAAAAGGAAGCUAGCAACUUUACAAAUAAACGACAAUUCUUCAGUUACCUUAAAGAUUUGUUUCAAACGGGAAUGCGUUUAUUACGCCCAAUUAGCCAGCGUAAUGACAUGGUGGUUUUGAACUUCUCCAAGGUGAGUUAAAGGAAUCAGUAACAACGGCGGAAAUUUAAGUUCAUUCCAACGAUAUAAUUUGUCUGCGCAAGAUCUUACAAAAAGGAUCUUGAAAUGAUAAAGUUCAACAGCUAAACAAAGAAGAGUAUUUUCGCACUGAUUCUUCUUCAGGAGACGAGAAAUCUACGCAGAUUUUUUUGGUUUGACCAGAUUAUUUUUGUUACGUAAACCAGCUCUCUAAAAAGGUUAAUAUUAGGCUAGAAUUAACUAGGAAUCGUUUUAGUUGGCAUCAAACGAACAGUCAACAUUAACCUUCCCUGUCUCGCUAGAUGGAAACUGAAUUCUUCUUCAUUGCUGACUUCUUUCUUGAAAUUAUAAUUUUAAAUAUUUGAAAGCAUUUUCUUACCUUAAUACUACGGUAAUCAAAAGAAACACGCAUGCCAGCCAGUUCAAAACACGAGGCCAGCGCUCAGAAAUCAAAAUUCCAAUUGUCGCGUUGUUUGUACUUGAACUCCGUUUGUGUUAAUCUCAGAGAGUCGGUGCUAGAGCGUUGAUGAGCGGCAAAGCGGGAGACAGCGGAUCCACACAAGUCUGACAUAAUUUACCCUGAAACGUUCGCUUUAGUCCUUCGCGUGGUCCGGAUUACCACGUGUCGGUCCCGUCGGUAAGAGUACGUAGCAGUGGCUUCAUUUAUCUAAUACUUCGUGCUUAAUUUGCUGACGCUUGAAAUAGCAGGGUUUUUUCAUUUCCAUUAUUCUCUCUGUCUUCUAUUCUUUAGAUAAUACUCUUUACAGCUGGGAACCAAAGCAUUUUCCAACCACUUAAGGAUUCCUUUUGUCCACAAAAAGUGGUAGGUGUCAACAUUUUAAUUUCAAAAUAGAGAAAGCAACGAUAAACUUAUGACCAAACAAAACUUACCCUGGUUGCUAGAGGGUUUUUUUUGUUCUUUUUCCAAAUCCCUCACUGAUGGUUCGCGGCUAUGUCGCUAGGCUGCCUUACAAUGUCAUGAAAUCCUAAGUGCUGGUUUAAUUCUCGCUAGAUAUUUUAAGAACCGACCUAGCGCUGCAGCCAGGGUACAUGACCAUUAAAAAUAAAUAGUCAGAGCCACUUUCAGUUACCCGAAAUACCGCUUGAAAUAAAGCUCAAUACUGUAAGCCCCACUGUCUCCCUCACUCAGCUGCGACAACUGUGUUAUCAAACCCUAAGCAAUGUGUAUCUCAUGCUACAAUCUCAGGAGACAAAAAUUGUUAAGAAUUUUGCACUCGCUUACCCACAGAAUACCUAUCCCGCGGAUUUGGUAUCACUAUCACCCCUCACCUCACCUCAUCCCGGUCAAUGUUGCUCAGUCGAGGUCAGAAAUGAUCCUGCCGGACUUUAACAUUGGUUUUUUUCUUUUUUGCGGGGGAAAGGAGAAGUCAGUUGUAGUUAGUUGCCAGUGCUUUCCGGAGCUUUAUCUUGACUGAAACGUUUGUGCAAGACUGUGAAUAUUUUGAGAAUCGACCUCUGGAGCCAGGGUACAUAAUAAUAAGAAAAGGGACUUUCAACGAAAUUAAGUCAGAGCCAUAUGGGUAAGCGUUCGUCAUUUGAGUCUGUUCGCCCAUUAACCAAAUUCAUGAAUUCUUGCUCGCUUGUUGUAGUUUUGUUCGUGCGUAAUCAUUUCAAGGUCAAUUCAAAUAAAAAGCGCGUUGUAGUGUGUGAAGCUUCUGAAGAAUUCAAAACAAUCUAAUCAUCCUCUGUCUUCUGUUUUCAUCUAGAGUUUGUGGGAAAGCUUCUCCUUUCAAAGGUAUGUUUUGAGGUUUUGUCGUCAAGCGCCAAACUUAACCCAAACUUUGGAGUUUUGCAGCGGCUUUAGGAUACGUCUCUGGUAAAUGUACUUCUAUGCUUGUUAUUUACUGUUUAUUUACUAAUUUAUUAUCAUUUUGCCAUAAUUGAAUUAAAUACAUAGCACAGGGUUUCCAGAUGGAUGAGGCAAGGGAGCCCAUGCAAACCAAUAAGGCUUUUGAAAAGAACCACCCUUUUAAAAAUAUAUGACUAAAUUAUGAAAUGAAAUAAUGUCAUCAAUUUAACUAAACACAUAGAAAGUGAUCAUUAAAUAGGAUAAAAAUAGAUAACGCUAAGGGAAUAAAAUACCGUAAUCCUCUAUUAAGCCCCUCCUUCCCUCUAAUAAGCUCCUCUCCCUUUCAGGGGAGGAACGCAAAUAAGCCACCCUCUCUUUUCAGCCCGCCACCUCCCCUCCUCCCUUAUUAAUCUUCUGUAUUAAUCAAUCACAACUGUAAAACUUUGCGUGGACUGAUCCGGGAUGGUUUAGCCACCAACUAUAAGUUCGUAUUUGUUUUUGAUCCUCGGCUGCAUGACUUCCAUCUUCUUACACUUGAGCUUUUCCAGAAUGUAUUUUAGUUCUUUAUGGAGAACUAAUACCAUCGUCUUUGCUAAAUUAAAUAAGCCCCCCCCCCCUACCAGGUGUGUUUGAUAAAAAUAAGCCCCCGGGGGGGGAUUAAUAGAGGAUUUACGAUACCAAUAAAUACAUAUACGAGUUAUUAUAAAAAAAAUCAGCUUUGAAGUUGUGAAUUUUGUCGGCUGGGACUGAGGGGGAAAAUGAGGAAAUAGGGAGAAAAGACGUUUAUGAGCGACGUACGUCAACCACAAGUGGAUUUUUUUCAUUCUUGGGCAGUUAUUUUGCCUAAGUUUUCAGCAAUACGAAAUUGAUAGCAUCAGGGCAUAUAAAGGGGGAGAAGGCCUCACUUCCGCCGGUUUACGUGCGUCAAUCAGAGACGUCUCUGCUGAAGCUCCCUAAUACGGUUAUUUAAAAUUAAUAUUCAUUUAAAAUAUUUCUUCGUUUCUGAUUGGCUCCAAUCCCCAGACUAAUUCUUUAUAACCAACUGGCUCUAACCAUAUUGGAAAGAUUCGAUCAAUAUGCCAUGCAUCCAUUUGAUGCGAUGGUAUAUUUGCUAGAAAACGAGGUUGAUCGAUGGUAUAUUGCCGGAAACGAGGCUGCUUGGGUAGGCGUCAUGGCUAUCCAAAGCCGAUAUAGCUGAAUUUCUGACUAAAACUGAACGGAAGAAAUGCAAGAAUGCGCAAAAAGAAUUGAUCGAUGGAUUUGCGGCUCGUUUUAAUUAAAUGAACAUGACAAUAAAAGUAAGUAAUAACAGGAGCUCCUGGUAAUAAAGUAAGUUAAUCUUAAUUUUCGGUUUCUAUCAGCGCUGUUUUAAAUUUCAUUGCAAAUUACUUCGAGGCCUACACACCUAUUUCCCUCUUCCCCCUUUUCUUAGCUCUUAGCAUAACGGCUACAUACGUACAUGACGCUCUUUCUUGUCAGAGGCCAUUGAGCAAGGCCAUUCAACUGUGUUUUAUUUCUGAAUUUCAUUAGGAGCUGGAGGGUUGAACGAGUCCGCUACAGACUAGAACCGCGAGCACUUGCCGUCCUAACUCGGCUCUGGUUCCGCCCUGUGCUGACACUGAAGAUUGACCCCAAUCAGCUUUCUGCUCGGAAACGAACCUCUGGCUACACUUCUCCUAUACCAAGAAACGAAACGGAAAUCGUGAGUUUAAGUUUUAAACUACGCACGCGUACGUUAAUAACUCCACCAUAUAUGUGUGUAGACAUCUUCCUGGGCUACAAAACUGAGGAAGACUGCAGGUGAACACUUUAGAAGCAUUUUUCCGUUUAAAAUGUUAACGUUUCAUUAGUACAUGUAAGUGA